AAUCAAUGAUGAGGUUAAAAUGUGAAGAUUAGUGGGCUGAGCCGCCACUGUGUCCAGAUCCCAACAAUUCCUCUGCUCUGUCUUCUAUUUCCAGAUGACCGUGCCGGCGGCUUCUGGAAGCUUCUACGGAGAGACGGCGGGAGGAGAAGGAGGACGAGGACAUGGAGCCGCUUUUCGGAGGAGAAACUCAGGAGGCUGAGGUGAGGAAGAUGGUGUUUUAUUCCAGGAAGGAUCAGUAAAGUUUGACUGAGACAAACUGGACUCAUUCAGGAGGCUUUAUGACGAGCUAGCUGGCUAACGGACGGAAAUAAGCGUUAGCUCCGUUAGCUAGGUUAGCAUCCGUUAGCUAACGUCUCUUCAGUCAGACUGCGGCCACAGCGGCUGUUUGUGCUGCUGACAGCUGGAUUUUAGGACACAAACAGAGUCAACACGUGUGAGAGUCAUUCUAGCUGCUAGCUAACCGAGCUACUGUCUACUUAGUCAGCUUGACCUAGUUAGCUGUUAGUUAGCAGGUUUACAGCCAGGAAGACUCAGGACAAACUUUGUGCUGCUGAAUCACAGUGACAGUUGAUUUUAUUGACCCUGAUUAAAAUCCAUGUAAAGUAAAUGGUUCAAACCAUAUUCAGCUGGAAGGUAAGAAGUUAGACUUUACUCUGACACCAUUCAGUUAAUAGCAAACAUUCCACAAUUUAACAUAUUAGUAGUUUUGCUACUAUUAUUCAGCCAGUAUGUUUUGUUGAUUUGAUUUUUAAUUCUUUUUCAUAAUAUUUACUUUAAUCUGAUAAAUUUAUAUUUUACACACGACUGUAAAAUCUUAGCCUUAGUACUUAAACUUGUUUAGUAAAUCCACAUGUGUGAUUUAUUAAUUCCUUUAAUCUGUAACCAGUGAGUGGACUUGAAUAUUAGUAAUAAAGAGUGGCACAGUGACAUGAAGCUGGUUGUCUGCUAACUAAACUCAGUGGUCUAAUUAGCUUCAUGCAGCUGUUAGCGAGGGCUGAACCAUGUGAAAAAUAAUAUGACAGUGAGAUUUUUGUGUCCAUCAAAUAGUGAAUAUUUCCUGUGAAUGAAUGUGCUGCUUUUCUGCUGAUUUGACGUCUCCACAGCAGUAAACAGCAUCAGUUUGGAUCAAUCAUCUCUAAUGUGUGUAGAUGAACAGUGUGUGCAGUCAGUUUGCUGUGUGACAGGACUGUAUAUAUGUAGAUGUGUGUAGACUGAUAAUGAGGCUGGGAUCGCUCCAGGCUGGACACACAAUCAUUUGGUGUGAGUGUUUCUCAGCAGAGACCAGUUUGUGACAAGAUACACAAUAGUUGUGUAGAUGUGAGACUGUGUGUGAGCUUGAAUGUUGUGAGUGAACAUGUGAGCGGUUGAGUUGAGGAUGUUAAAGUGUGUUUUGUUGUGAGCAGCUGAGAGGUGAAGAAGAGGAGCUCCAGUCCCAGAUGCCUCCUGAGGAUGUUGUGAGUGUGUCUCAGUGGAUGUGUGUGUUGUUGAGGACAGUGAGGACAGUUCCCCUGUUCUACCACAGUGAUGGACAUGACUGGACAGCUGGCUGCAUGGAGACAAAGAGGCUGCAGGAAGCAGGUUAGUUUGGAGCUCUCACCCUGAAUCAGUGUCUCCUGAAGCUGGACCUCAGUGUGCUUGUGUCGUUUGUCUGGGUUUUUUGUUUUGUUUCUCGCAUUUUUGUUGUUUUUUCUCUCGUUUUUGUCAUUUUGUGUCUCAUUUUUGUAAUAUUCUGUCUUGUUUUUGUUGGUUUUUUGUUUUUUUUAUCUGACUCUUUUUUGUUGCUUUGUUUCUUGCUUUUGCCAUUUUGUGUUUCCUGUUUGUCUCGUUCGUUUUUUUUUGUCUUAUUUUUAUCAUUUUUGUUUCACUUCAUUGUUUAUUGUCUCCUUUUUGUCCUUUUGCGUCUUUUUUUGUCUUGCUUGUGUCGUUUGUCCAAUUUUUUUCCAUUUUGUGUCUUGUUUUUCUACUACUUUAUCUUGUGUUUGUUGUUUUUUUUUGUGGUUUUGAUCCUCCAGUAAAUCCUCUAUGGUUCAGUUCCAGGUGACUAAAUGUUGUGUUCCUUUGUCGACAUUCUGUGAUCUGGAAGUUGUAAUGUGGAAAUGAUAAACUGAGGAUGAAUGUUGAUGAAACUGAAUUAAUUUUUCUUCAUAAACUUCAGGUUGUUGAUGAUGUUUAGUAAAAAGGUAAUUCCUUAAAUGUGAACAUUUUGCACUAAAACAAAGGAACCAUUAGGAGUUGUGGUUAUUUACAGGUUAUUGUGCUGUGGUUUUACUGGUUUCCAUGCAGAUCAGACUGGACUGAAUGUGGAACUAAAAUGAGUUUAAUGUUCUGGAUGUCUCACUGCAUCACAGCUGUUGUCCUGUGGAGUUCUGGUGUCACUCUGCAGAGCUCCAGUUCACUGAUCACACCUGAGAGAGUUUGAUCCUAAUCAGUGAAAACAUGUUGAUCGGGUGACAGCGUUCUUCUUUCAGUGUUGGAACAACAACUGCAGUAGCAACGUGACUCUGAUCAGUCUGAGCUAGCAGCUGUUAGCGCCACUGAAUCCACUGUGGAUCAAAACACAGGAGUUCUGCUUUGUGUUGGGCUGAGCUGGUUUUGGUCCUGUUGUCUCCUGGUGCCGUUGUGUUGUUUUGUAUGUUCAGUAAAGCAGCUGUGUGUCAUACAUGAUGUUGUGUUGACAUCAUAUAAUGUGGUAUUUUCCUCAUCAGGACAUAUUGGGCUGUUUUCUCUUCAUCGUUCUUCUGUUCAGCUGUUGUUUUUGUUCCAGCAGGAUCCAGGUUUUCUCCAAAGAUCUUCCAUCAGCCAACCAGGUCGUCUGUCUCUGUGUGAAUAUUGAUUCAGAUCCAUGUGACAGAUUAUUGAUCCACUCUCUGAUUCAGCUGUAGAGUUUUAGGCUUUCCUGCAUCUUCUGUCAGUUUAUCUUCACUUUGUGUUGGUCAGCAGAGGACCUGUGUUUCUGUUAUCUCCAGUGAUCAGUGUCCUGCAGCAGAAAUCUCCAGAGACAUUUAGUCUCCAGCAGCAGCUGUGUUCAUCUCUAUGAAUGUUCCUGGAUGGAGCUCUGAGGAUUGUGGUUGGAGAUACAGGGAGUCCAAGUGAUGGACGCUGAGCAGGAUGGGUAGAAACACCUCAAACAGUCCUUUAUGGGAUUUUGGAGGAUUUGAAAGAAGAACACUUUAAAAAAUUCAAGUGGUUGUUGUGUGGUAAAUUCCUAAAAGACUUUGAGCCAAUCCCAAAGCGUCGACUGGAGAAAGCAGACAGGACAGAAACAGUGGAUCAGAUGUUUCAGAGCUACUGCAUCUACACCAUUAAAGUCCCAGAAAUGAUCUGGUGGACAACAUCCCAAAAAGCAUCAAAGAACCUCAAGAUGAGGUUUUCCUUCUGCUGGCUUCACUCAGAAGAUCCUCACAGUGAAGACGAGACACCUGCGAUGAAGACAGACAUCACAGUAUCAGCAUCAACAGCAGAGAAAACAGUCCCUGACACCUGAGCUCAGCAGAGUUGGAGGAGGAGGAUUGUCCAGCAGAUGGUCUGAAGCAGAACCAAGAGCUGGACACAAAAACACACAAGGAGCAGUCCCAAGGUUUAAAACCACCGGAUGGAUUUACAUCAAUUAUCCUCACUGUAGGUUCAUUUAUCCUCACUGUAGAUUAAUUUUAACUCACUGUAGGCUCAUUUUAACUCACUGUAAGUUCAUUUUAACUCACUGUAGAUUCAUUUUAGCUCACUGUAGGUUCAUUUAUCCUCACUGUAGCUUCAUUUUAACUCACUGUAGGCUCAUUUUAACUCACUGUAAGUUCAUUUUAACUCACUGUAGCUUCAUUUUAACUCACUGUAGGUUCAAUUAUCAUCACUGUAGGUUCAUUUUAACUGACUGUAGGUUCAUUUUAACUCACUGUAGGUUCAUUUAUCCUCACUGUAACUUCAUUUUAACUCACUGUAGGUUCAUUUUAACUCACUGUAGUUUCAUUUUGACUCGCUGUAGAUUCAUUUGAACUUACUGUAGAUUCAUUUUAACUCACUGUAGGUUCAUUUAUCCUCACCUUAGGUUCAUUUUACCUCACUGUAGAUUCAUGUUAACUCACUGUAGGUUCAUAUUAACUUACUGUAGGAUCAUUUAUCCUCACUGUAGGUUCAUUUUAACUCACUGUAGCUUCAUUUUAACUCACUGUAGCUUCAUUUUAACUUACUGUAGCUUCAUUUUAACUCACUGUGGAUCAUUCCAACCUACUAUGGCUCUUCUAUAUGUCAUCUCCAGUUGUAGAACAAUAACAACGGUCUGGUUCCUCGAGGUUCUUUGGUUUCAGUCGCCUCAGUAGAUGUUUGCUGAUAACCGGAGACUGUCCAUGUUUACCCCCAAACAUUCCCAUGAUGCAUCAGGAGGGGAACCUCGGCAUGUUUCCGCUGCCGUCGGCACUUUGAGCCUGCUGCAGGUCCAAUCACAACCGCACAAUCCACCACAAUCUGAGUGAAUGAAGGUGACGGCAGCAGCACUGGGACCUGAUUCGCCAGUUUGCUCAUUUUCAGCUUCCUUUUGUGGACUAGAACCCACAGAAUCCAGAACCUGAUCAAAGCCUCUGUCUCUGUAGGACCUGAUCAUCUUCACCAUGAACCUGGAUGGAGACGGAGGUCGAUCAGAGAGAGACGCCAAGGGGGAGCCAGUGUGUCUCUCUACCGGCACCACCAGAAGCUUCUUCCAUCGGGCUCCGUGCAGUCGGCCUGCCAGUCCCCACUUGGCCCCUGCCAGGACCUCCAGCUCCCCCAGAACCAUCUUCCCCUCUCAGCAGGACCCCCCAUUCAGAUCCCCCCGCAGGCCACAGCCUGUACUCUCCCCCUCCGCCUCCAGCUCCUCCCCUCCCUCCCCAGGAGGAGGUGAGUGUUUUCCACCUGGAGACGUACCUGAAGGAGCCGAGGCGUCUGGAGACCAGGAGGCUUCGCUCCUUCUCCUCCCCCCCAGACACCUCCUCCUCUUCCUCCUUCACCUCCUCCUGCUGCCAGACGCCUCCUCUGGCCCCGCCCCUUCUGGCAUCUUCUCCUAUCAGGAGGCUGGUGGAGGUUGCAGACGGAAUGUCGGAGCAGCCGGACCCCGAAGAUCCAGGUAGGAUGGAUGAUCACCUGCUGAUCAGAGUGGUGGGGCUGAGGUUAUCCGCAGGUGUAUCCUCAGGGUCGCAGGAGUCGGAGAGGGACAUCUACAUGCGCUUCAUGAAGUGUCACAAGUGUUAUGACAUCAUCCCCACCAGCUCCAAACUGGUGGUGUUCGACACCACGCUGCAGGUGAAGAAGGCGUUCUUCGCUCUGGUGGCCAAUGGCGUGCGAGCAGCUCCUCUGUGGGAGAGCAAGAAGCAGAGCUUUGUGGGAAUGUUGACAAUCACAGACUUCAUCAACAUCCUGACCAGAUACUACAAAUCGCCCAUGGUGCAGAUCUAUGAGCUGGAGGAGCAUAAGAUCGAGACGUGGAGAGAGCUGUACCUGCAGGAGACCUUUAAACCCCUGGUCCACAUCUCACCUGACGCCAGUAUUUUCGACGCCGUGUACUCGCUGAUAAAGAAUAAGAUCCAUCGUCUGCCGGUCAUCGACCCGGUCAGCGGGAACGCCCUCUACAUCCUGACGCACAAGAGGAUCCUCAAGUUCCUGCAGCUCUUCGUGUGUGAGAUGCCCAUGCCGGCCUUCAUGAAGCAGACUCUGGAGGAGCUCGGGGUCGGGACGUACAACAACAUCGCCUACAUCCACCCAGACACACCUCUGAUCACGGCACUCUCCGUCUUCACGCACCGCCGGGUGUCUGCGCUGCCUGUAGUGGAUCACCACGGUAAGGUGGUGGAUAUCUACUCCAAGUUCGACGUCAUUAACCUGGCGGCUGAGAAGACCUACAACAACCUGGAUGUGACGGUGACGCAGGCCCUCCGCCACAGGUCGCAGUACUUUGAAGGAGUCAUGAAGUGCAACAGACUGGAGACGCUGGAGACCAUCGUGGACCGCAUCGUAAAGGCCGAGGUUCACAGGCUGGUCGUCGUUGAUGAAGAGUCUCGUAUCAUCGGAAUCGUCUCUCUUUCAGACAUCCUUCAGGCCCUGGUCCUCACUCCUGCUGGUCUGACCAGGAAGGAGUCUCUUCCUUCACAACCAACAGCUUUGGACUCAACAGAUCCUGAGACAGUGUAUCAUACUGGACUGGACCAGGACCAGGACCAGGGACUAGACCAGGACCAGGGACUGGACCAGGAGACAGAUAGAGACACAGAAACAGAAGCUGCAGAGACCUGCCAGCAGGGUGAGACAGUAGAGAGGGAGAUAGCAGAGGGGGAGACAGCAGAGGGGGAGACAGUAGAGGGUGAGACAGCAGAGGGUGAGACAGCAGAGGGUGAGACAGAAGGGGAGACAGCAAAGGGUGAGACAGUAGAGGGGGAGACAGCAGAGGGGGAGACAGUAGAGGGAGAGACAGUAGAGGGUGAGACAGCAGAGCGGGAGACAGUAGAGGGGGAGACAGCAGAGGGGGAGACAGUAGAGAGAGAAACAGUAGAGGGUAAGACAGUAGAGGGUGACACAGUAGAGGGCGAGACAGUAGAGGGGGGGACAGCAGAGGGGGAGACAGUAGAGGGUGAGACAGUAGAGGGUGAGACAGUAGAGGAUGAGACAGCAGAGGGGGGGACAGCAGAGAGAGAAACAGUAGAGGGUAAGACAGUAGAGGGUGACACAGUAGAGAGCGAGACAGUAGAGGGGGGGACAGCAGAGGGGGAGACAGUAGAGGGUGAGACAGAGCAGGAGGCUGAGGGGGAGGAGGGGGAGGCAGCGUGACAUCAUGCGUCUCUCUGGACUCGACCACCACAGAAGAAGGGAGAGGAUGGUUUUUAUUGGCCGUCAGCUGGACGGGCCUCGAUUGAACAGCUGUUCUGUGGGCGGAGCCGGUGGGUGACUGAUAUGUGCUGGAACCAAUCAGAGACCUCUGAGGAGGAGCGAGGAUGAGGUCAGAGGUUUGGUUCUGGAGGUUUCAUGGAUCAAUCUGAUCUGGUUCGUGGAGAUUCAUAGUUUAGAAAACAAGGAAUGAACAUCUGAAUGUCAGACAACUCUCCGCAGUAAUCAGAUUACUUCUGUCUCUGGUAUCGGAUUACUAACUACAGGUUAAAUUCAGGCUCCACAGCAGGAACUCAGUGGAACUAAAGUGAGGUUCUUUGGUUCCUCCUUCAGUCCUCCUCAGCAUGGAGGAAACCAGAGUCCACUCAUUUCUUCUCUGUGUUCUUCAGCGGCUCUUUGCUGGAGGGGUUCUGUUGCUCUACAUUUCUCUGGAGAACACCUCAAAGGUUCUGCUGGCUUCAGGACUCACACUGUCCAGGUCCUGGUUCCACUUGGUUCUAGUGGAGAAGCUCUGAUGUGAUGUUGUUCUCUGGAUGUUCUCCUGCUGGAACGUUCCUCUUCUUCAUCUGGUCAGCCAGGAUUCUGGUUCCUCCUCAGACCUUCAUGCUGCUUCUAGAAAUGUCUUCAACACCUUCUGACCUCAUGCAGCCCCAGAUCAUCACACUCCCACCUCCGUGCUUCACUGUCAGGACUCUGCAUCCACUGUGGUAGUCCUGGUCAGGUUCUCACCAAACAUCUGGACUCCAUCUGAGCCCAACUCAUUGAUCUUCAUCUGACCAAAGAAUGUUCUCCAGCAUCCAUCAGGCUUCUUCUCAUGUUCUUCAGCAAACUUUCAUCUGGAAGUUUAGUUCUGAGCAGCAACCAGGUUUAGUUCUGGUCCUCCGUCCAUAGAGGUUGAUGUUCUGAAGGUUCCUCACACUGUCUGAGCUUCACACUAACUCUGGUUUCCAUGAAGAACCCCUGAGCCAAGUCUGAAGCAGCUGCCAUCUGUUUUUACAGCUGGAUGGAGGAAGUAGUUCACCGUCUGUGGAGUCAUUUUAGGAGCUCUGAUUAGUGGAACUAUGACUCCUUCUAGACCUCCUGAUUAGUGGAACUAUGACUCCUUCUAGACCUCCUGAUUAGUGCUACUAUGACUCCUUCUAGACCUCCUGAUUAGUGGAACUAUGACUCCUAGACCUCCUGAUUAGUGGAACUAUGACUCCUUCUAGACCAGGGGUCCCCAAACUUUUUCCUGUGAGGGCCACAUAACUUUUCCCUUCUCUGAUGGGGGGCUGGGGUCAGUUUGUAACAGAAAAAGUGCCACGAUCACAGGGGUGCCUAAACGUAAACAUUUAUUGUUUUCCAGAAAGCCACACAUAACCAAAUAUUAAUAACCCUUUCUGGGAUCUUUACAGAAAAAAAGUCAGGAAAUAAAUAAUAACACUAUUAAUGAAAUACAUAACGCUAUUUAUGAAAUAAAUAAUAACCAAAUAACCCUCUCUGGGAUCUUCACAGAAAAAAGUCAGGAAAUAAAUAACACUAUUUCUGAAAUAAAAUUACACUAUUUAGGAAAUCAAUAAAAAUCAAAUAACUCUCUCUGGGUUCUUCACAGAAAAAGAAGUCAGGAAAUAAAUAACACUAUUUGUGAAAUAAGUAAUAACCAAAUAAUCCUCUCUGGGUUCUUCACAGAAAAAAAUAAAGUCAGGAAAUAUAUAAUAACACUAUUUAUGAAAUAAAUAAUAACCAAAUAACCCUCUCUGGGUUCUUCACAGAAAAAAAGUCCAUGGAACAUUAACUUUCUGUUGUGCCGAGCACAAUCUUAACAGGUAAAAGUUCAGCUUAGUUGUCAGAGCAGAAUCUCUUACUUAAAUGACUCAUAUGAAAAGUCUCCACGAAUAAAAAUGAGCAGCUGCGCUGUGUCCUGCACGUCCGUGCUCUCAUCCAGUGCUAAUGAAAAAAAGUCAAAUUCUUUCGUCUUCUGCUGCAGCUGGGCAAAUACAUUACCCCCGAUUUCUUCAGUGCGUCUGGUGAUUGUACUCGCCGACAGAGUCACGGCAUUAAAGACAUCUUUCUUCUCGGGACACACCUCGUCCACGACAGCAUUCAAACAUUUCUUGACAAAUUGUCCAUCAGUGAAAGGUUUACCGCUGCUUGCUAUCAGUUGAACAACCUGAAAGCUGGCCCGAACGGAUGACUGGUUCAGCUGAGCUUGGCGUACAAAUGUAUUCUGCUGAGCUAACAGUCCACUUUUUAGCUUUGAGUUUGUCUGCUCGCAUUUGGCCUUGCAAGCGAUCAUACUUGUCUUUGUGACGGGAUUCAUAGUGUCGGCGCAGAUUGUAUUCUUUGAAUACCGCCACCGCCUCUUGACAGAUGAGACAAACAGCCUUUUCUUUGCAUUGAACAAAAAAAUAAUCAUUUGUCCACUGCAGGUUAAAUACCCUGCAUUCUGAAUCAGUUUUUCUCUUACCUAACCUUUUCGCCAUUAUUCCGUUUUAUUUGACAGGGGCGAGUCUAGACUGCAGAAGGGUGGACUAGAAUGUCACGUUCUAUGUGUGUAUUUGUCUCGAUCGCGUGGCCAGACUGAAAAAAAAUCAUAAUGCGUCUCUGAUAUUGUUCAAGGGGCCGGACCAAAUGUGGAGGCGGGCCAUAUCCAGCCCGCGGGCCGUAGUUUGGGGACCACUGUUCUAGACCUCCUGAUUAGUGGUACUAUGACUCCUAGACCUCCUGAUUAGUGGAACUAUGACUCCUUCUAGACCUCCUGAUUAGUGGUACAAUGACUCCUAGACCUCCUGAUUAGUGGAACUAUGACUCCUUCUAGACCUCCUGAUUAGUGGUACUAUGACUCCUUCUAGACCUCCUGAUUAGUGGUACUAUGACUCCUUCUAGAUCUCCUGAUUAGUGGUACUAUGACUCCUUCUAGACCUCCUGAUUAGUGGAACUACGACUCCUUCUAGACAUCCUGAUUAGUGGAACUAUGACUCCUUCUAGACCUCCUGAUUAGUGGUACUAUGACUCCUUCUGGACCUCCUGAUUAGUGGUACUAUGACUCCUUCUAGACCUCCUGAUUAGUGGUACUAAGACUCCUUUUAGACCUCCUGAUUAGUGGUACUAUGACUCCUAGACCUCCUGAUUAGUGGAACUAUGACUCCUUCUAGACCUCCUGAUUAGUGGAACUAUGACUCCUAGACCUCCUGAUUAGUGGUACUAUGACUCCUUCUGGACCUCCUGAUUAGUGGUACUAUGACUCCUUCUAGACCUCCUGAUUAGUGGUACUAUGACUCCUUUUAGACCUCCUGAUUAGUGGUACUAUGAUUCCUUUUAGACCUCCUGAUUAGUGGUACUAUGAGUUUGUGUUUUCAGAACAGAGGUGUUAAACUAGAAGUAAUCUGAUUACUCUGAGGUGACUGUCAUUUCCUUUAUAAACCAUCCGUCUCUUCAGUCAGGCAGCUGGUUUUUAUAUUUUCUGCUUGUACUGGUGUCCAACCCAUCCUGCAGCUUCUAUUUAUUUGUCCUGUGAUUCAGUAAGACCAGUCUGAAUUAAAGAACAGGAAUAUUAAAUGAACGUGGAUCCAUGAAGCCCAACCAGAAAUUGCCGAAACCUGCAGCAGAACCAACAGAACCUCUAAAUGACCCACAUUCCCCCAGCGGGCCCCUCUGUGAUGUCAUCACACGGGGACCGUUGUAGUUCCUCGUCCAGUCUCUGAUUGGUUGAGGGAGUUUUAAACGGACGAAUCGCUCUAGUAAUAGUUCCUGUUCCAGAUAUGGGAUGUUUAUCUGAGGGGACGUGUCCUCGCUCUGUGUGCAGAUUGUACCUGUAUCGUUUUCCUGACAGAAACACUUUAAACUUUGGUUGUUCUUUAGGUGUGAAACUCUAAAAAUGUUUGUACAAAGAUGGAUUCUACUGUUAAAUGAACGUAUUUAUAAAUUGGAGACGAUUCACUGCUCACUUUGGACCAAUCACAUUUGAAACACAUUUAAUAAUAAGUCUGACUUUAUAUUCUAUAUUAAUAUAUACGCAUCAGUGUUUUGUCCAGCGUGCCCAUGGGGACUCUGGGAAAUGUAGUGCUUUAAGCUAGCAGGUAGCAGCAGGAGCGUUUCCAAGGAGACACAUCUGAGACAUCUCUUGAAAUGAUCAAUAAAACAUCCUGAUGAUUCGUC